UUAAGCAGCAGUCUCUGAACCAAACGGUUACGAUUAAACUACACUAUGUGUUUACCUGUGGUAUAAUGUUGGAAUUGGCAUUUAUUAGGAUGUAAAAAUAAUAAUUUGGAGAAGGGUGAGCAAAGAUCAAUCUGGCAACCUUGGUUGGGUAGACAUGUUUACCCAUGUGUGAGCGCUCCGAGUACGGCUCUGAGUACUGUAGCUGCAUUUAUACUGCUAUAUUUAUGUAUAUUUAUAUAGGGACUUUCACACAGCAGCAGCAGCAGGGAUUACUCUGAUCCAUUAAUUCGGGAAUAACACACUUAACACAGGGUUUGGAAGAGUUUGAGGGCAGUAUUUGCGUUUAAACGCUUUACAGACUGGCUACAUCCAGUUUUUCUAUGUGUGUGAGCAAUAAGGGUGACUCACUGAUGAGCAAUUUGCAUUAUCUCUGCUGAUGAGAAACGUCAGAGUAAGGAGUGAAGUCUGGCUGUUCCGAUUCUUCAGAUUCUCUAUGGCUCUCCUGAGGCGGAUGAUAAAUAAGCUGGUGAACAGAGUUAUGUUAGGCACAGUAACUUUACCUUGUGAGAAGAUGGCCAGUGAUACAGGUCUAGCAGUCAGCGGUGCCAGAAAAAAAAUGGUCGUAGGGCUUGGAAACCCUGGGAUGAACGGUUCAAGGCACAGCGUUGGCAUGGCUGUGAUUUCAGCACUGGCAGAACGUCUUGGAGUAGCUCAGCAGUGGAAAUCUGACAGACAGGUGUCAGGAGAGGUCAUCGUUUCAGUCUACCAGGACACUCAGCUGGUGCUUCUCCGACCAAAGUUGCUUAUGAAUGUCAAUGGAGUUAGUGUGGCAAAGGCAGCCAACAAAUUUUCUGUCCAGCCAAAGAACAUUCUUCUAGUCCAUGAUGAACUCGAUAAAGCACUUGGGAAGCUUGCCAUUAAACAUGGUGGAAGUGCAAGGGGUCACAACGGUGUCCGAUCCUGCGUUGACUGUCUUCAAACUGAUGUUAUGCCUCGUCUGCGCAUUGGUAUUGGCCGACCCUCAGGGAAAACGCCGGUGGACAGACAUGUGUUGGGACGAUUUUCUAAAGAAGAGCAGAUCAUUUUGAACUCUGUUCUGGAACAGAGUGUGGACCUUUUACUUACACAAAUUACUGAGCCACACCUCCAAACCUCUCCAUCAGGGGGCAGAAGAGCAGCAGGCAGGAGUAAAGAGAGAAAACCUCCAGUUCAGCCUGCAGAAGGACAGAGCCAGAACUGACCUGAAGUGCUUUAUAAUUGUUUAUUAUAUAAUUCCUCACUCUUCCUAUUUUAUUUAUACUGUUGUGAUGGUUAAAUAAGAGUUUUAAUUGCUA